AUGAGUGACACUGAUGUGGACUCCCCCAUCUGGUAUACCCUCUGGUUUGAUACUGCUAGAGCACCACCACCUGAAAGGUUCAUCAACCCCGACAUAUGUCAUGGGAUCAACAUGACGCUGCAGCACAAUCAAUGUGAGGAAGAGGAGGCAUGGCUGGCGGCUGAGACUGCCACAGCAGCUGUGUGGAUUCAAAGAGUGGUUGAGUGUGCACCUUUAUGA